ACUGGGUUUCUUUCCUUCUCUCUUCACCACGCCGUCUGGCUUUCCCAGCGACACCUUUUCCUCGUCCUCAUGCAGCCUUUACAACAGCCUGGUGUCCAUGUAACUAUAACUCGACUUCCCGCCUCCUUGAGCAUUGUCUCCAUUCCUCGCAGCCGUCUCGACACGCUCUCUCACCCCAUUCUACGUCUCGUUCUCCAGCCCAACCCCAUUUUCUUCAGCAUUACUGCCAAUCUCAUUGAACUCUCGCUUUUUGCCGAUUCUAGCUGCAUUUCCGCAUUUGAGGCUAUUGCAAGAGCCGACCGGGCCUCCUUACAAACACUGGAGCCCGUGCAAAUAUCGAACGAACGUUGGUGUGUGCUUCAGAUCGACUCACACAGCGACCAGCUAGACGAUGCUGGAGCGCGUGUUAGCGAGCUGUCUGCCCCACUUGCUCAAGCGGGAAUAAGCAUCCUCUACCAGUCAUCCUACAUGAGCGACUUCAUUUUCGUGAAGGAACGUCGUUUGGCUGAGGUCAUGUCACUGUUCGCCGCGGCGGGUUUUGCUUUAUAUGCUGCGGAUCCGAAUCUGCUUACCGCCUCUUUUGCUCCCCCACCUUCGCUCGCGCCAACUAGAGAGCGUAGCGGCUCCGCCCCGCUACCAUCGACUUCUCGCUCAAGCUCAAAAUCUGGCCCAAAAGCGACUUCGCGUGCUAGUUCCACUGGCCAGUCCCGCGAAAACGUGACUUUUUCAAAACCAAAAUCGGGGAUUCAUGUCCCUUUACCGGAUGUGCGGGUUCUCGCCCCAGAUCUUGCUUGCGUGGGACUGGCCGAUGACGCCGUUGAGCAAUGGCAACUCAAGAUUGUAAAAUUGCUUGCCUUCCCGGACCUUAUUCCCCUUUCAUCUCCCUCGCCGUCGGUUGUGCUUAAACCCACAUAUACCCUUUCAGAAGGAGAUGACGGGUAUUUCUCUCAUUCCCCUUCACCUACACCCGAAGAAGAGGAAGAAAAACAGACCCAGCAUGUGCCUCGAUCUCCCGCUCGAGAAGUUCCUUCUCGUCUGGAACCACUCCCUGCCCCAAUCAGCUGGCCAGAAUCGGAUAUUCAGUUAACUGAGGAGCCAGCGGUCGAGCACGCGAUUCCCUUCUUCAGUUUCACCCGUACACCAGAAGGCUCGUCGUUGACUGCUGGGGCUCGUGUAUUAGCGGCGCUUUUUCCUCGUGCAGAACGUCACAUGGUCAUUUCUGGUGGUGAGCUUGACAUGGUAGAUCCAGAAGACUUUGCACAAUAUUCCCCGACUUCGACGUCAUUCCCUUCACUGCCAUCCUCGCCAAUCGUCGACAAAAGUGACCCCGGAGACGACUUCUCUGAUGAUGAUGAAGACGACGACACUGACGGACAUCCUCUUCUUAUGCAUCGUUUCUCUCGUGCCUUGGCCCGCGGCGGAAUCAACCAUAUGUAUGCUUCGACGUUGCGGAGCGCCAACGUUUUGGUGCCGACUGGAAGAAAACGUAGAGCGAGCAGUCUGCUGCGUGAAUGCUAG